AAGCACACAAAAAUAUGCCACUGAGUUGCACUCACGGCUUCUGCUUUUUCUGUGCCUGACUGCUAUAACUGCCACAGGGAAACAGGUUUGAAAGGACAAGGCAUGAAUGUCACAGCCAUUGAAAAUUUUGUCUGUGUGAUAUAUAAUAUUUCCUUCAUGAACUGUACUUGGCAUGUGGACAGGAAUGCUUCAAGAGAUGCUCAGUAUUUCUUGUACUGGAAGACCUCAAGGAAUGAAGAUUUCGUCAGAUGCCAGAAUUACAUCACAGAUAAUUGUGGAAGACACACAGGAUGUAGAUUCCAAAAUGUGACAAUAAAAGAGAAUAGGAAAGCUUAUUUCCUGGUGAAUGAGUCUAGAAAUGGACAAAAUAUUUUGCCCUACAGAGCGACAAUUUAUCUGUAUGAAAUUGAGAAGCUCACCCCUCCAUUAAAUGUCACUGUGAACUGUACAGGAGUUUCUCACAGUUGUGAAAUUCAAUGGCAACGACCUCAUACAAGUCAUGUGGACAGAGACAUUUGUUUCAAAUAUGAAAUUAUCAUAGAAAAGAAGGCUGAUCCUGAGGAAAGAAUCAAAAACACAUCUAAAAAGGGAAGAAUCAUCACAGGAAAUUCCUAUAUAUUUGACAGCUUCAAUGCAAAUGAAAGGUACAGCGUCAAAAUCAGAGCUACUAACAAUGACUGCUUAGUGAGCGAAAACUGGGGGGAGUGGAGUACACCAGUAGAAUUUGGAAGAGAACAACUGACAUCUAUUUCAUCAUACACAUUACUUCUGAUAUCAGCAAUAGCAGCAAGUCUCGUACUUUUCUUCUGCAUCAUAACCAUUUAUUUAAAAACAGUACCUGCUAUUGUACUACAGCCAAAAGACCUAUUCCACGAUAUCUCUCCAGUGAAUUUCCAGACAGAGAAUCAAUUCAUAAAGCAUGAAACUGAAGAAAUAAUAACAAUUACUGAAGAAGCAUAAUGGCAUGCAAAAGAAGAGAAUUUUCUUUUUUCAUGCAAAUGAUUAUAUAUGUACUUGUUGGCAUUAAUUUACAGGUUUUUGAUAUUCUCCCUCUUGUAAGCAGAUGUAACAGCAUUGCCUGAUCAGGACAGUCUUCUAUAAUCUGUCAUUAAAAAACUUUGUGUUAUUUGCCUGGAAAUAAUAUAUAAUUUCUGUAAGUAUUUUGAGUUAUAUACUCCAACUAGUGGAAUACUCUAACUAGUAAGGAGAUGUCAAACAGAAUCAUUAAUAUGGAUUUUAAUCAUACAUUGCACUUCAAUAGAUGAAUCAUUUAGAUUGGGAAAACCACGAGUUAGAUGUCAUGUAUUACCAUGGAUUGCCCAGUGCCAUGCCUACGUUCCAUCUCUUAUCUCCCCCAUGCUUGUAUACCUCAUUGCCAUAUCCUGUGUCUCCCUUCCUGAAGACUUUGGCAGUCAUCCAAGCUUAUACUGCAAUGGUACCUUGAUAAUAGCACACAAAGGUAAAUGUAAAUCCAAAAAGCUACAGAUACUUGCUCAAUGAUCUGUUAUUAGUAAUGGAAAUAGCAUAUUACUGAGCUACAGGGUUACAAGAGCUGAGCUACUUACAUUUCUGUUAUAAGUGAUCUAUUUUUUCUCAUGUCAGCGUUACCUGAAGCCUCCCUCAAGAAUAAAUACUGAAGAACU